ACAGUGACGACGACCGAACUUUGUCCGCUCACCACUUGUCAGUCCACAUCUGCGAGUGUAGCGGUGGGUCGUUGGAAGUUUUUUUUGGUUUUUACUUUUUUUAAUUCUACUCAGUGCGAACUUAGCUUAAGUUACUUGAGCUUUUGUCAGCUAUGGCGUUUGCGGGUCGUAACGAGCACGUUUUAAGCGACUCGGAUCGUCUGAAGAUGCGCUCUGAACACACCGUGAAGAAACCUACCUGAUCACCGACAGUACUUAGGUACGGCAAUCGAUGGACGUCAAAGUGAUACACGCCAGUCCGAACGGAACACUGUUGAUACUGCCGGACGUCGAUUCGUCGUCCAGACCGCCGUUCGCCUUGUCCGCCGUGUACCUAACACUGUCUUCCGUGGCCAUAGUGUCCAACAUAAUGGUACUUAGCGGCAUAUUGACCAGCGACCGGCUGCGGACGCCGUACGCGGUACUGGUGUCCGCACUGUGUCUGCAGUGCGCGCUGGACAGCGCCGUCGGCCACUACCUGGUCACCAAAGACCUGUUGUCGCAGGACAAAACAACGCCGGGAGUGAUGACGGCGUCGUCGUUCUCCGACAACGUGGCCACCGUACAGUGUCGCGUCGUGGCCACCGUCACCGCGGCCUUGCCCAACGUCCAGCUGAUCACGUUCGCCGCACUUUCCUGUCUGAACGCGUUCGCCCGGCCGGACUACGUGUUGCCCGCACCAGCCGCCGCUGUCCUCUGGGCUGUUCCAUCCUUGUACACUUAUGUCAUACUCACCCCCACUCUGUUGCUGUCCACCAGAUACUUUCCACUCAGGGGUCGUUGCGGUUUCACUGGCAACUCGACCGGAUGGUUCUACCCCACGCUGUUGAUCGCCUUCGGCUUGGUGAUACCGUGGUCGGUGUCGUUUUACUUGGUGUUCGUUUCCCGACCGUCGACGGCUACCACGAGGGCCGCCAGAGGUUUGCUGGCUUCCGGCGACAACCCCAGGCCUGUCGCCGAGCUGAUGCCGCCGUGCAAACGGAUAUUGGCAGCGUACACCGCCCUGGUGAUGCCGGGAUACAUAUGGUCGUGCACUCACUUGUACAGGGACGACCCGGAGGGAAUUUUCCGGUCCGGCGGGAACGCGCACUGGGAAUACACGCUGGACGGCUAUCUGUGCCGGCUGUCCGUGGUGUUCGACGUGCUCGUGCCGUUCGUGUUGAUCAACUACCACAAGGUUUUCCGGAAGAAGUGCCGGGAUCUGUAUUUGCACGGUUUCAGGAACUCCGUUUCGGACGAUUCCAGUGUCCUGCGGAAGGCCCUGUCCGCCGGCCGCCGGCACGGCGAAGACCGUCUGACCGACGACGCUCCCGUGCUGUUCCUGGAAGAUUCGGGAGUGAUCAGCGUGAGAACGUCCAACGAGGACGGGUUCACCAUCAAAGCGUGUGACCUGGACGAGGACGGCAACACUAUGGACGGCAAAAGCAACGUGCGGUUCUCCAGGAGAGUCAGCGCAAUCCACAGGCCCGAACAACCGAAAAACGAAGAGUCCCGGUUUUGACCGACCACAUCGGGUGAUGUUAUCGAUUGUUAUCAAAUGCAGGGCUGGACCGCGAGGGUGACAGGCUGGGGCGCAAAAUAUUGAACAAGUAAGAGGGAAUGAGAGCAAAUUUUGACCCGAGAAUUAAAUUUCAAUUGAAAUAUGCAUUUUGCCAAGAGUGCGACCGUUGCUUGGCACGGCCCUGAUAAAAUAUUUUAGAUUUUGAGAGUGAUUCACGUGGAAUCGACACAAAUGCAAAUAACUUACAUUAAAUUAGAAACGAUUUGCAUAAAACAAAACAAUUUUGUAUUUUGUACAAUUUGUAAUUUAUUGUGACUGAAUACUUUGUUGUGAAAUGGUAUGGACAAUCCUGAAUUGUGUAAUAUUAUGUGUUGUACAUAUAACUUCAAUAAUAUGAUGUUUUCCAAAUUCUUGUAUUUACCAUUCCUGAACUAUAUGAAUCAAAAACAUUUUACUAAAGUCAAAAGUGUA